AUGAUUCUUAGAGAGAAAUUGAAAAGGAAAUACAUCAAGCUUUUUACACUACUCCCCAAUCCAAAGGAAAACUAUCUUGAAAUUGAGAGACUGAAAAUGGGCAAGCAGUUAUUUGGAAAUUAGGCAUAUUAAGCCAAGAUAUUUUAGUUUGUUACCAAAGAACUUUCAGGGAUUGAGGUUUCUGAUCCUACUGCUCUUAAAUCAGUCAAGACAUUUUAAGUUGAGAAUGAACAUAGAACUGCAUUAGCUGAUAAAAUUAUAAUGCAUUCAAAUCAGACCAAUAGCAGAUAAGAUUCAACAGGAAAGAAUCGAAAGAAUCUUCAUGAUCCAAUUUAAAGUGGCUAUGGCAGCACUGCUAAAGAUGAAAGUUCAAGAUAAGAUUAUAUCGAACUUAAAGCCAAACUCAAGGAGAUAAAUACAAGGGAGAAGAGAUAAGAAGUAAAAUCAGUGGAGGAUCAGUAGUAGCAGAAAAUGAGUGAAGUCAAGGUUAAAAUAUCUGAUUACUUAGCCAAGCAGAGAAAGAUCCAUGAAGACAAACUGCUUAAUGGCUCUACAUAAAAUGAAUCAACUCAUAUUUCGAGAUCAAUGUCUAAGAGCAACAUCUUCAAUUAAUAAUCAAUUAAUUAAUCAGCUCUGACCUAAUCCGAGAGAUCAAGUCAAAUCUAAUCCAAGUAAACUCUAAAAAGAUUUGAUCUACUUUAAAUGACUCCCAUGCUCUAAGAAAUUUACAAGGCCAAUAGAUUUUAAAGCCCCCUAAUCUAGUUAAAAUUAAGAAGAGAUACCAAUCAUCAGAAAUAUGAAGAACACACAAAUUACUCGCAGCUGUUGUUUUAAGAGUACUAGCUCAAUAAAAUUUAGGAAUCUAAGGAAGACUUUGAAAUUCAAAAGAAAAAGGAUGAAUAAGAGAGGCUUAAGAAUUAAGUCAAAUGGAAAAUAGGAUACAAUCUGGAUGAAAACGGGAAUGUGAAGCAGAGUAAGGGACUGGCGAAGCUUCAUAAACUUGAAAAACUGAAUGAUGAUAGUGGACCUUCUACUUAAUUACUGAGAAAGAUGAUGAUGCCUCAAGAUUAGAGAGACAAGAAGCAAAAUAAGGAUUAGCAAUAAAGUUAGAGAUCGCAUCUGGUUAAAUAGGAAUCAGCAUAGAAUUAGUAAAUCAAGAGAAACACCUCAGUGAGGGACAUCCUAGAGAACAGGCACAAUAUGUAGAAUUAGAUGAUGCUGAAAAAUCAAAGCCAGGCCAAUUUAAGAGAGAAAAAUUACUCUAUGGAUGGUGCUAUUGAAUCUAAAGAAGACAGACAAAAGAGAAUGGAACACUAGAAGGAGUGGAAAAAGAAGAACUACUUUGGUGGGUUUGAUAGUUCUGAGGGCGAAGCAUCACUUAGUUAUAAGUCCAUAGAUUCAGUCGAGGUCACAGAAUGGAAAGAUAUCAGGAAUAGUUCAAACUAUAACAGGAAAUUUAAACUCAAAUGA